AGAGGCAUAUAGAGCUCUGAAUUUGCCAUCCUCUUCCUGAUACAUCUUUCCAUCUCUAAAAUAUGGCUUCUCCACCUAGGCGGGGACAAUGGUCCACCGGAAUAUUUGGCUGCUUUGAAGACCCCUCCAAUUGCUGGGUUACCUGCGUGUGUCCCUGCCUCACCUUUGCCCGCAAUGCUGAGAUAGUGGACGAGGGACGAACAACUGCUUAUAACGCAGGCCGAAACUAUUUGGCGCUUCUCACUUUGGUGCCGGUUUUGGGCGCAACUUUAUACGGAUGCACGUACCGAACCAAACUGAGACACCGCUUUGAGUUGCCAGAACAACCAUGCGUGUCCUGCGGGGAUUGCUUUGUCCAUCACCUAUGCUGUUUUUGCGCUCUUUGCCAAGAGCACCGCGAGCUCAAAAACCGUCAUAUGGAUCCAGUAGGAGGUUGGAAGAAAUCCUAUGAAACGAUAAUGAGCCCAAACGGAGCAGCUCCAAUUCCUGAACCGGGCAUGGCUCGUAAAUAGGGCUUUCAUGCAUGGCAGUUUGUUCUGCAUUCAAGAUUCAUCCCACUUGUGUUAAGUUUGUAAUUCGCAUGUUCCUUUGAUUUUUCUCUUAUGUUCCUCAACGCUUAGUGCGUUUUCUCUUUAAUUUCUCUCUCUCUCUCUCUCUCUCUCUCUCUCUCUCUCUCUCUCCACAAUUUCCUUUGGUACAAAACAUCUUCUGUUUGGUGUUUGAGUUUGUGGUUUUGUACACUCUAAAAUAAAUGGAAUGAUUGGUGGUGUGUUAAUUUA